AUGAACAAAGACAGUCAACCCGCCGACGUGCCGAUAACGACCGCCUCCAAAGAAGGUGCCACAGUGAUGGUUCUGCUGAAUAUUACAAAUGCCUUGCCAACAGAAUCAGUUUCUCCUGUUACCCUGAGCGACCACUGGUCGAGACUUGCCAGGCUGAUACUGCUUGCUUCUCUCGCAACAUUGGGAAGUGUUGGGAACGUGUUCAUGAUCAGCGCUGUUAUGAUAGAAGAUUACUUGAGAAAACGUGGCAUUCUAUUCAAAUCCCGAGCAAACUUCAAAGCGCCCAUCACGUUCAACUGGGACUGCACCUUGAUGCAAUCCAACAUGUACAGCUUCAUCGUCUUCAUCAUCUUCUGGAUGCCAUUCGGAGUAGUGCUAGCGGUGGGAACGGUCAGAAAAAUACCGGACAGCCUCUUCUACAAUCUGGCCUGGCUGGCCAUCAGCAAGUCGUGUAUCAACAAUAUCCUCUACUGCAUAUCGAACCCUCACUUUCGCAGUGCCUAUAUAAACCUCUUUCAUUACUGCUGUUGCAAAACGACGGUGUCUUUUUCUAGGAGACAAAGACCGGAAGGUCUCCGACCUUCGGGAGAUGUCAGGGUCCAUAUUAUUCCAGGGUAUAACAUGUAUUGUAGCCCCCAAAGGGGAAGGGAGACGCAAAGCAAAAGACUGUCGUCCCGAACCAACGGUAGGGAUGUUUAUGAAUUAUGAUGAGACGAUUCUUGCUCUUCUACCAGAGGAGUAUGGAUUUAAAAAAUCUGUACUUUUGAUUUCUUUCGGCAUGGCUGAUUUCGCCUGAUGAAAAUAUUCAAAUUGACCGAUCGAUAUACAUCGGAUACGUGAUGAUUUAUUUCUGAAUAAGUUUACAACGUUUGAGUCGAAGCGAUGAACUAUCAUUGAAUACAUGGCUACAUUCUUUAAUUUUAAAAAAUUGACGAAAGGAUUCGAUCCGCAGAUCUGGCAUAUCUUUUACCUUACAGAAAAUAAGAUUAAUUUUUUGUUUUUGCACUACAAAUUUCUAGGAGGAAAUUUGCCCUUGAAUUCAUUGCAAUAUUGAAUGUAUAUUUUCUGAU